AUGACAGAUCUUGGUGAGCUCAAGUAUUUACUCGGUAUGAAAAUUGGGCAAAAACAAGUGGCCGGUCAAGUCACGUUGCGGCAAACCAAGUUCCUUAAGUCAAUUCUGAGCAAGUUUGGUAUGCAAGACAGCAAGCCCGUCAAGACACCUCAAGAUACAGAACUCAAGUUAACGAAAAAUAUGUGCGAAGGAGGAUGCCGGCAUGAAGACACGAUGAAGAAUGUGCCGUACCGAAGCUGUAUUGGUGGCAUAAUGUAUCUUAUGGUUGCGACGCGCCCAGAUCUUGCCGCGGCAGUGGGAGUUCUAAGCCAAUUUGCCGCCGAUCCAUGCCCGACGCAUUGGCAAGCUCUCAAGCGCGUACUGCGAUACCUAAAAGCGACGCAAACGUAUGGACUUCAGUAUUCAAGUUGCGAUCAGGCAAAGCUACUUGGGUAUUCGGAUGCAGACUGGGCUGGAGAUAUCGAGUCUCGCCGGAGCACAAGCGGCUAUGUGUUCACACUAAACAAUGGGUGUAUUAGCUGGCGAAGUAAAAAGCAGCAAAGUGUGGCACUUUCCUCAACAGAGGCGGAGUACAUGGCGCUAUCAGAGGCCACUCAAGAAGCGGUAUGGCUCAAGGUUUUUCUGUGCGAGCUUGGUGAGAUGACUCCUAACGAUUCUGUCAGGAUAUUCGAAGAAAAUCAAGGCUCUAUUGCGUUGGCCAAGAAUCCAGAAUUUCAUAAGCGUACAAAACACAUCGACAUUCGAUAUCACUUUGUACGAGAAAAGAUUGAAGAUGCAAUUAUGACGGCAAUGUUUAUCCGAAAUCGGUGUCCAUGGCGUGCUAAUAAUCUCGAGAAGUCACCUUACGAGCUUUGGACGGCCAAGAAACCGCUAUUAGCCAGCCUAAAGGUAUUUGGCUGCCACGCGUUCGUACACGUUCCAAAAGAGAAACGCUCGAAGUUGGACGCGAAAGCCGUGCUGUGCCGAUUUUUGGGCUAUUCAGAGCACCAGAAAACGUAUCGGUUUGAAUAG